UUAUAAUUGUACUAUUGGCUGAUAAACAAACGAAAUAUGAUUUUUUUAAAUUUCGAAUUACCAAAAAAGAUUAAACCAUUAAAGCGCUAUAAAGAUUAUAUUAGUUAAUAUUAAUUUUUACAAUUUCUACAUGAUGACGAAUAAAGUGAUAGAACUCUAUGUUGUUCGAUUCUCGGUAUAUAAGAUAUUUUGUUAAGGAUGGAAGGAUUCAAGACACCUGUUAGAAAGAAUCGUAGACCUACAGAUGUUUCCAAUUUACAAACCCCGAUUGAAAUUCCAGCCUCUCCGUUUUUGCAGCAAAUAGCUCAUGGAACUGGUGUACACAUUCUUAGUUUGGAAAGAUCUCCAAAAGUUGGUUUUGUAAGAUCACCUUGGGCAAUAAAGAAAAGAAAUACUAAACUUACAAAGGAUUCGGAAUAUGACAAGCGCUUACAGUCUGAAGCCGAUCUACUGAAAAAAUUAAAUCAUCCAAACAUCGUGGGUUUCAGAGCAUUUAUAUUAUCUUCCAAGGGUGAUCCAUGUCUUGCCAUGGAACAACUGGAUAUUUCUCUAGGAGAUUUGAUUGAAGAUAAAGUCGACAGAGGAGAUGACAUUUUUGCAGCUAAAGAUAUUUUGCACGUGGGUUAUGAAAUUGCAAAGGCUUUAGAAUAUUUACAUCAUACUAUACAUAUUUUGCAUGGGGAUAUUAAGAGUUAUAACAUUUUAGUUUCAAAGAAUUUGAAAAAAGUAAAACUUUGUGACUUUGGAGUUUCUGUACCACUUACAGAAACUUUAGAAAUGGAUAAAUCACAAAAUUUUAUUUAUAUUGGAACUGAGUGUUGGAAUCCACCAGAAGUAUUAUUUGAGGAAGGUCCUAUAACAAACAAAUGUGAUAUAUGGGCAUAUGGUCUUGUCAUAUGGGAAAUGUUGGCCUUAUCUGCACCUUUCAUAAAUUCUGAAAAUGACUCUAAUGAUACUAUUGAUUUGACUUCUACAUCAGAAAAAAAUAUGUCUUUAAUAAUUUCAAAUGACGAUAAUGACGUUAGUAUGGAUGAUAGUGAUAUAUUUGUGAAAGAAAUAAAAAGUACCUGUGGCGUUCGUCCACCAUUACCUGCGAUUGAUAUAGGUGCAGAAUACGCAGAAGUAUUAGAUGUAUUUUAUACGUGCACCAUUGCAGAUUAUAAAUUAAGACCAAGUUCAAAAGGCUUAGUAAUGUACUUUUCAGAUGUUAUGUCUUCUUAA